AUGGGUGCUCGAGCUGCUUAUAUUUAUAUUAGAGGAGAAUUUUACAAUGAAUCAUGUAUUUUACAAGAAGCUAUACAUGAGGCUUAUAAGGCUGGUUUUAUUGGAAAAGACUGUUUUGGGACUGGUUACAACUUUGAUAUUUUUGUUUGUUUUUAUAAGUUAUUGAAAAUUAAAUUUUGGGAUGUAGUUUUCUAA